GGACCGAGAAAACUCCCAUUCAUGGGUUUCUUGAGUAGUAGCAGCAGCAGAAAAGAAGCUAAAACAACAAGACCCAACAAAGCUUCUGCAUCAACAUCUUCAUCAUCUUCAACUUCGAGAUGGUCAAAUCUCUUAUCUUCAGCAGAAGCAGGAAUUAGCAGACUCGGUAACGACAUAAGCCAGAAGCUACAGUUUUCGAGCAGCAGCAGCAAUGAUGGUAUCAUAGAGGUUUGUCCACAGUGCGGCGCAAAAUUCUCUUCAGUUACUAGUCUUGUGGAACAUGUAGAGAAAACACAUGAGAGGAACAAGAAACAGAUUCAUGGCAAAGUCACGGUCGAUGUUUGCCCCAAAUGUAGCAGAGGAUUCCGUGAUCCAGUGGAUCUUGUGAAUCAUAUCGAAAGGGAUCACCGAGGUACAUCUAAAGCAUAGAAACAGAGGCCUUCACAAAGCCACACCCACACAUCACAGUUCUUGUGAACAAAGUAUUCAACAUUGUAUUCUUCUCUUCGUUUGACUGUGGAUUUAAACAACCAAAAAGAAAAUAAAGAGACAGAUUCUUUGAACUUCGUUUUCAA